UCAGUUCGAUGCACAGAAUGCCUAAAGAUUCAGCGGGAAGCAUUUGAUAGAACAAUAUAUUUCUUAAUUACAACUUUUAGUAAAAUAUUUUAUUGGUGCAAAACAAUAGGUUUGCCGACAAUAAGAAAUAUUUUAUAAAGACAAAUUUUAAAGUACCAAAUGUAAAUCAACUUUUUGCUGUUCGUUUUGAUAAAUUUAUUAUAAUGUGAUCGUCUUAAAAAUAAUAAAUUUACAAAUGUGGUCAUGUGAACAUGUGGAUACAAGUGGAUCACGCGAAUUCCGCGUUGUUAUUUUUUCGACGUUUUUACGGAACUUCUCUAUAAUUAAAUCAGUAUAUAAAAAUAGACACAUUUGCCUAUAUAACGUAAAUAAACGUAAUCAUAAAUACAGACGAUAAGUGAUGUGAGCUAAUCUAAAUAAUUGUAUAGAUUAUUAUUAAUACAGUAAAUUGCUCUCAAGCAAUAAUUAACCUACUUACAGGAUUACAACAGAAUAGAAUUACAGUUUACGUCCAAUUAAAGUAGUUUUGCAAUAAAAUUAAAAACAACAAACGAUUAUAUCACGCACAAAGUAUUCGCUCUUACAGUUAUGAUUAGGCUGCUUUGAGUAAUCCUUAUAUGUUACUUGUGAUAUUACUACGUGAUUAUAUGAAUAAUUUCAAUCACACUCAUAUGUGUUCUUGAAGAAGUGAAAAUACCGAUACAAAUUGAUAGUUUUUUCCAUAUUUUAGAAAAUAAAAAAAAUACAUUAAAUCAAGUUCUAAGAUAUCUAAGUUUAAGGACAGCACAGAAUUUUGCCAUCAUGCAUUUGCAGGAGUACCUCAGAAACGACGAAAAUGCAUCCGCGCCCGACGAUGGAAAUCAAUCAUGCCAGCCUUCUUCCAAACAAGAUCAGUAUCUAAGUCCUAACCGCAAUUGCCAGAAAAACCUGUUGAGGCUUUACCCACCACCCCCAUCUAAACCACCACCGCUCGUUGGUGCCAUCCUGCAAACCCGUCUUCUGCAUCAGAUAAGCCCGUCCGCAAUUGCAGAUGCGGAUGCAGACUUGAAUGCAGUAGGGGAGCUUCUAUACCCAAAUGUCCUGCAGCGGUCAGCAACUUUGCCAGCGAAACACAACCGCUUAGGGGUUCGAAGCCGCGUGACCUUUAAGGUCCCUUCGUCUAACCUCCCUGCUCAGGAUUCAUAUUCUCAUCAACCCCGAAAUCAGGUUGCAGUCGCUGCAAAGGACGGAAUAUUGGUAGACGUCAAGGCUAAGGAGUCCGUCAAGAUGACUUCUGAGGAUUUGCUGCAGCCAGGUCAUGUUGUGAAGGAGCGUUGGAAGGUUGUCCGUAAAAUUGGUGGAGGCGGCUUUGGAGAGAUAUACGAGGGUCAAGAUCUUAUUACCCGUGAACAAGUCGCACUUAAAGUAGAGUCCGCCCGGCAGCCUAAGCAGGUGCUCAAAAUGGAAGUGGCAGUUCUUAAGAAAUUGCAGGGAAAGGAGCACGUAUGUCGAUUCAUCGGAUGUGGGCGGAAUGAUCGAUUUAACUAUGUGGUGAUGCAGCUCCAAGGAAAGAAUUUAGCUGAACUCCGACGCGCUCAGCCGCGAGGGGCAUUUUCGCUUAGUACAACACUUAGGUUAGGGUUACAAAUUUUAAAGGCCAUUGAAUCCAUCCAUUCAGUGGGAUUUCUUCAUCGUGAUAUUAAACCGAGCAAUUUUUCUGUGGGUCGUUUGCCUUAUAAUUGUCGACGCGUCUAUAUGCUUGACUUCGGAUUGGCGCGUCAGUACACCACUGGCACAGGGGAAGUGCGGUGUCCAAGAGCUGCUGCAGGUUUUCGCGGCACGGUUCGUUAUGCUUCUAUUAAUGCGCACCGAAAUAGAGAAAUGGGACGCCACGAUGAUCUGUGGUCAUUGUUUUAUAUGCUCGUGGAGUUUGUAAAUGGGCAACUGCCAUGGCGAAAAAUUAAAGACAAGGAACAAGUUGGGUUGACAAAGGAAAAAUAUGACCACAGAAUACUGUUAAAGCAUUUGCCGUCAGAUUUGAAGCAAUUUCUGGAGCACAUUCAAUCUCUUACAUAUGGAGACCGCCCAGACUACGCGAUGCUUAUCGGUUUGUUCGAGAGGUGUAUGAAAAGACGUGGGGUCAAAGAGUCCGAUCCUUAUGACUGGGAAAAAGUGGAUUCCACUGCAAUUGGAAACAUAAGUGCAACAGGCAAUCCAUCAAUUCCUAUAAAAAGCGAUUAUAUGCACGGAAAUAUUACACAAAUGACAGUGGCAGCAUCUAACGCAAGUGGCACCGAAUACAUACGAAAGCGGGCCGAAAUCGAAACCGCUCAUAUAACGGCGACCGAUCCCCUUAAUAUAAAAGAAAAAGUUGAUAAAAACUGCAAUGCAACUUCACUAGCACAGCCAGCAAAAGGAUCUGGUGAACCCAUGGUACAACAUGGUAAUGCUGCAAAUAAUCAAAAUAUCACAUCAAAAGGACUGCAACAGCAAUCUACGUUAACAAACUCCCAAGUAGCCAUAGCAAAUAUCCAAAGUGCACCAUCAAUGAUUGAAAGAGAGGAUGUACAGUAUACGAAGCUGGAAGAGGGGGCACCGACAAAAUUUAUAACAAUGAAACCAAAUGGAGAGUGUGAUAAUGUUGAUAUAGCUGCAAAGUGUAUUUUUGAGCAAAAGCACGUUGAAGCAAAUGAUGACAUAGUUGGCAGAGCUUCCUUAAGCGGGGUCGAACAGCAUUACAAGUCCCAAAUAAAAAAACAUAAUUCACCAGAAAUUGCUAAUAAGCAGAUACAGAGGACUGGGACAGUAACAAACGAUAAAACCUCAGAAGUCAAUCGGUCAACGGAAGAACAAAAAUCUACGUUUGGGCGACUACGUGUGCUAACAGCCCCACCAAUGAGUGUACAUGAUCUACCAUCGGGUGGAGGCCAUAGCCAUCAAGUGUCAGAUUUAUCUGGAAAACAAGAUCCAUAUGCUGCCACUAGCAAUGCUGCCCCAAUAGGUAUAAACAGCUCGUCCACAAAAUUUGGCAGCCAGCAUGGUCAAAUUUUUGGCCUCGCAGCCAUGCCGCCGAUUAAUCGCCGUUCUGCAACCUCCACAAAUUUGCGGCCAUCUUCCUCGGCAAGUCAAAGGAUUAAUAGUGGGUCGACAAUUGGAGGAGCAGUUGGUAACGGAAGCAACACUGCCAGAAGCAGCGUUGCAGGUGACCAUUCGGUCACCCAAUUCGCUUUAAUAGACGACGAGAACGUUUCAGCUUUGCAGCAAGUAACGAAAGGAGGAGCUCUCACGUUGGCAUCGCAAUGGAAGAGUCAGUUUGAUGAUUCCGAGGAUACUACGGAUAACGAAUGGAAUAGAGAACACCAGUUGCAACCCAAUUUGGAGCAAUUGAUUAAACUGGAUAUUUCAUUGCCCUUAAAUGAAGCUAAACCAUUUCCGCAACAUGGCGUCGCUGGUACAGGCAAAUUAAUUAAUCCUCCAGGCGAAGCAAAGGGGAGACCGAAAAGGUACACACUAAACAUAACUGGAAUUGAGAAUUAUGAAGCUUUGAGAAUCUCCAUACCAAACUGCUGGUCCGAGCCUGCAAUGGGUAAUGUAUUACGAAAAGGUUUGGAGCCUCCGGCUGUGCAACAAGCCGCAUUUGAUGACACAGUAUAUCGUAUGGAUAUUGCGAGGAAUGUCUGCGUGCGAGAAACAUAUUCGGAAAUCACUCAUUUGGCUAGGCCUAGCACAUCGUCCGUUUUAAGGAAUAGGCUACCAUCUCCUUUUAAAAAGGAUUCAGCACUUCAACUUAAUAGUACUAAUGACAGUCUAGAUAAAUCGAGACAUCGGAACAGCCUUCCCAAUGUUUCAGUUAACGAUAUUUUUGACGACCUACAAAUGAAACUAAAUUUAGAUUUAGGAUCAGCGAUCCAGGAAAACAACUGUUGCAUUAGUGGGCGACUAGAAAUUCGUGUUAUUCCCAAAGAUACCUCUCAUCCUGAUGAUUCUGUUUACUAUGAUGCAAUGGGAGCUGUUAAAAAUACUCCAACCGCUAAUGAAGGUCACGACCAUUCUGAUCAAGCCGUCAAUAACUGUGAUGAAAUGGAGGCGACAUCUGCCGUGAUAGCUUUCCCAAAUAAAUCAAUCAGUAAAAUUAUGUCACCACCCGGCAGGGACGCCACCGAAGAGCGAACCGGAGCUAGUUUAUGUAGCCUUUAUUCUGCAGGGGUCAAUAAACUAAAGUUAAAUGGAAACACUGCCCCCAGAACUCAAUUUAAAAAAGGCAGCACUGACGGUUUCGGCGAGAAUGAGUCAGAAUUUGAUUUUCCGCUAUUGAAUCCAAGCAAAAUUCCAGUACGCCAAUCAAAAUGCGCAUCUUGGGCAGGUGCUGAUUUUAUAAGUGCAUCUAAGCCACUUGAGUCCGCAGAAGUUCCACAGGAAAUCCCUUACCAUCCACAGUCUGAUACGACAUAUUCUGUAAUAGAUUCUAUACCUGUUCGGAAAACCACUUACUCCAUUGCCUUAGAAUGUCCUCCUAAUAUAUCAGAUCUUACACCAGGCUUACGUCGGCGUAGAGAAUCAACUGAAGGAAAGUAUGUCACGGACCCAACACAAUUGCCACUUAAAUUCCAAAGACCUCGAUCUCGAACUUCUAGCAGAACCCGUGGCAUUCCUAAUGCAAUGCUUGAAAAUUCUGAUGAUAACGGCACUGUAAUGAGCGCGGAAAAAACUGGACACGGUCAUGUCGUCAAAACCGAAGGAGUAAAAAAUUUUACAACUAGUGAAAAUUCUUCUGAGGUAAACCCUAAAUGCACCAUUUCACCACCACCAGGGGAUCCAAAAAUUGAAAAUAGUGCGCGUCUUCGACGUUACAGGCAUAAUAUAGACUAAUUGUAUAACUUCAGGCUAAGUGAAAUAUGUAUAGGCUCCAGAACAGUGCAUCAUGGUGGUUUAAGUAUAAAAUCUGUAUGACAAGUAAAAUCAUUGGCAAUUCAUUUCUUUAUUGUGAGUCAAUAUUCGUUUUCAGCAUUUUUUUGUAGCUAGAAAUAAAAUGUCGUAUUUUUAUGUUAUUCAUAAGCUAAGCGGACACAAUAGGUUUUAUAGGCGUUCGAAAAUAACACCUGGAUUUCCCCAAAUUCUAACCUAAUAGAUUUUUGUACAGCUCCAAGAUUGGAUACUAACAUGCAUUUUGGUUCCAAAAAUGUAUUUUCAAUGUUGACCUAAACUCACUCUUGAGAUUUAGCGCAGUAAGUGGCAUAUUCUACCGGUUUAAUAAUGAUAAAUUCGGAAUUCUGAAAUCAAAAGAAGGAUGUAUGUAUGUUAACAAGCGGACAGCCAUUGCUUCAUCGACUCCGUUGCUAAAGAAUAUAUAUAUGUGCACUUUUAGGUGAGGCCUAUGAAAACACAAAUAUUGGAUGCCUAGACCGAUUUCUCUUAUAUAUAAAUUAGAAUAUCGUAAUUUAAAAGUCAUGGAUUAUGACACAUUGCUGUACUUAACUACAUUUUUUUUUUUUAAAACCUCACCUCACCUUUUAAAAAAGGUGAGAUUAUAAUAACCUAACCAAUAAAAUGCUCCAAGUUUUUCAAUCUAUACUUUGUUAUUUAGUUUUACAGCUUUUUUCAAUGAGCCCAUCGUAAUUUUAAUUUCGGGAAUAUGUGCAAUUUGUGUGUGUCCUGAACCUUGGAAGUGAUUUCGAUAGAAAUAAGUUUUUAAACUUUAUUUAAGAAUAUAAAAUAUGUUAUAAAAACGUUAUUUAUUUAUUUGUAUAUACUCGCUAUAGUUUUAAACGUAAAAGAUAAAAUUAUACUCUAAAAGUGUAACUACAUUUAAAAAUAAAGCGUUGGCAGCGAUUGUUCUUAAAAACAAGGCAAACCAAGUAUGAAAGUUAAAUUGAAAUGUGUAUGUUUUUUAUUCUUAAGCACCAGUAUUUACUUAAUUAUAAAAUACUUUCUGUUCCAUUAAUAUAAAUAUGUAUGUUUUUAACCAAAAUUUAUUUUUCAUAUUAAUUUUUGUUAAAUAGGAUUUUGUUAAAAGGACUGAAACUCGGCGAAUUUUUUAUAACUAUUAGGUUGGCAAAAUAAACAAAGAUUCGGCGUGGAAUCUUUAAUUUUCGUCAUCAACUCAUCAGAGGAAUCAAGAGCCUUCAUAAUUGCUUGUAGAGCCUCCUGAAAAAUUUGAUAACAUUAAAUGAAAAUAACAUUUAAAAUUAUUUACACGUAUUAUGGAUUUGACUAUACACAUUAUAAUUUUAUAUAUUUUCCCAUAAAGUAGAUAUUUUGUUUUUCUUUUGUUAUACAAAAAAAAAAAAACAGUUCACUCCUAUGUGUAUACCAAGUAAAUCAUAAAGUAAAUCAUUUUUUAAGAAAUGCAUCUUCGCUGCACAGUUUAAAUGCCCGCAAAAUAUUCCCUAUCCGCUCGCUUUAAAUUAAUACACUUGCUUGUGAGAGUAAAACCAACAAACAAGAAAGUGUAUACGUACUUAUGCUAGAAAACGACUUUUGAGCAGAAAUUAAUACUGAUCUUGGAAUCAAAUUUAUUAACAGUUUUGAGCAUGCAAUAUACGCCACUCGUAUAUUUAUAUGAACUUCGAGUCCACCCACAACAUUUCCCCAAGUAAACUAGUUUUCUAACGAUUGUUUUCGAUAUCGAUAUUUGGGAUGUUUUGCUGUUUUCUUGUUUAUGCCGUUUUUUUUUUUUUUGUUUUUUUUUUUGAAAAACUUGUAUAAGUUUGUUUAACAGACCGAAAAACUUAUAUAAUGAAGGGAAAAUAUUCAAUGGGUGAGAAUACGUGUGCACAAGCGCUCAUCCCCCUAAAUUUUGAACAAAAACUUGAGAUAUCUUGGAUCCAGCUCAAGAGCCAGCUACAAAAAAUGUUUUCAAUUUCCACUACAUAAUCGCAUUCAUAUUCAAUUAAAGUUUAUAUGAUUCGAUUAAUAAUUGUAAUGAGUAGUGAAAAUAACGAACAUUUUGUUGCUUAUGUAAUUUCGAAAUUUAGCACGAUGCCACUACGUCCUGCUGGUAGUGCUGCAAUGGUUUAAAUAUAAAUAUAUAAAUUGUUAUUAUACAAAUAUUUUGUAGUGGCCUAUUUAAAUCCCCUCAUGGCUAUGUCCGGGAUAAAAAUAUAAAACUUAAGCGGCAACAAUGCAGCUUGCCUCACUGUCAAAUAACUACGUGAAUUCCAAGCUUUUAAAUUGUUUAGAUGUGAAAAGUGUUUAUUUUAAUCAGCUUUUGUGGUGAGCACUUCUUCUCUUGCAUAAACGUUAACUUGUUCAAUCGACUAUUUUAACAAAUGAAUAAUAAUAAGCUUCUUUAAAAAUAUGAUAAUCAUGAUAAACAUUUUUCAAUAAUAUUUUAUUUAAUUUAUUUAACAUUUUGGUAGAUCAUUUAACAACGAAAUUGACCAAAACUAAAUAUUUAAAUUCGUUUCAUUGCUUAAAAUUGAUUUCUGAAAAUCGUGUUUUACUCACAGGCAAAUGCAUUUUAUUUUAAAUUAAAUUUUAAAUUAAAAAUGUUAUGUACGGAACUACAAUAUAAAAUACUAUGAUUAAAAAACCCAAGAUCUAUUUGGCAGCUACAUAUGUGAUAUAAUGCGCAGAUCCGGGCCAUUCCGGCUUAAUACUACCUCAAAACUCGAAAACUAGUUGGCGUAGCACUGAUAUUGAUCAAGAGUAUAUAUCCUUAAUAUCGCUGAUGUUAUAUGUAAAUGUGAAGUUUCUGGUGUUGGUCCUUAACUAAUAAAUUAUGAAUUCUUUUAAGAAGUUUUUAAUGAC